AUGGAUAAACGUAUUAUCGUUGUCAUCCUAUUCAUCGUCCACGUCUUCAUCGACGUCUUCUUGUGCCAGUUGGCCGCCCUACCAGCUGGCUUUCCAGCUGGCUCGCGAGAUGCGACUUGGGACCACUACGGCCACAUCUACCACGACACUAUCGAGUACACCUGCCGCGGCACAAGUUUCGACAACAACGGCAACUACAGCAAGUACCAUAAUUACCACUACAACAACUACCAGUGGAACGAUUCCAGGUGCGAGCAGGCACCGAACAUCGCCCGAGCAGGCGACCUCUCGUAUGCCGUGAUCCCAGGCGCACAGGUCGAUCUGCCCAGCUUCACACAGCACGAGUCCUUCUCCUACUUGCUCGCCGGCGAAGGGAGGCCUUUCCAGGCCAGCGAUCAGCUUACUCCUCUCUGGAGCGGCGCCACUGGUGGAUUCGCACCCUCAACCUUGGACCCUGGACAACGCGAGGCCACCGUUCACCAGCACGAGGUGGAGACUUGGAUGGCCACGCCAGGGUGGGAACGCCCAGCUCCCGCAGUUGGCCUCGCCGCAGCGCCGAUGCGGAACAUGAGCGAUGAGCAGGAGCAGAUGCUGAGCUGCUUGAGGAUGGUGCAGGAGUACGCUGAGGAGCAGAGGAGGAUCAAGGAGAUGAAGGGUAGGAGGAGGCCCCCACGCCCAACUGACCCGCUACCAGACAUGCCGGCAGAGUUGGCAUCGAUGCAGGAUAAUUUGCGAGCUCGCCAGUCCCUCGGCCAGGACUACCUUGGUGAUAACUCGCAGUGCUCUUUCUGCUUGAUGGAUUUCGGGCACGGGGAGGUCGUGACUCGUCUUACCUGCAGGCACCUCUUCCACAGCGAGUGUUUGCAGGACUAUGCUGCCGACGGCCAGCGUCGCACGCAAGAGGAUUGCAUCCAGGUUCAGGUUCAUCUGCCCACAGGAGUCCACUACCUCAGCAGCCUCAUCGGGGCCAGCUCCACGACCAGGCGGAGCAGCUCCGACAUUGCCAUGGACGCCAGAUACUAUCAUGCCAAGACCGCGUUGGCGAACGGAGCGCCUGCGCUCCUCGUAGACAUCGGCGCAUGGACGAACGUCGGAGGCGCCGAUCGUGGCCGCGAGGCGGCUCAAGCAGCCCUCAACGCAGGAUACGAGCCGAAACAAACUAAAUUGGACUGCCCCCUGGAGAUUCAAGGUGUCGGCCACGGCACGCAGAAGGGCGAGUGCAAGGCCACCGUCCCCGUAGCGCUCAUGACGGAAGAUGGCAGCGCCACGAUGUUCAAUUACGAGGUGCCCCUCAUCGACAAGAGCCCCAAGAACGGCAUGGGCCACCAGCUCCCAUUGAUUGUAGGCCUCAGGUCGUUGAAGGACAAGCGUGCUGUCCUUGAGCUCGAGGACGGCAAGGAGAUGAUGACCUUUCCGGGCCCUGGAGGCUAUACUAUCCAGUGGAGCCCCGGCACGGUGAGGAUCCCUAUGGAGCAGGGGCUGUCUGGACAUUUGAUGGUAGGUUGCUCACAAUACGAUAAACUUCCCAAAGCAAAGGGCGGCGUCGAGACGGCCGCCCCCACGCUGCACGUCGUGCCAGGCAGUGCUGGCGACAUCUCCAGCAUGAUCAAGGGUAACAAGAUCAACCUCUUCAUUUCGCAAUGCCCAAUAUUGGGAUUCAACGUACCUCAGCACAAAUGGCAUUCCCACAUCACACAGUUGCUGAAUUGGGCUAGGCUGUGCAAGCAAAAUGCUGUACGGUACCUCAUCUUGGGCUUCCAGGGCAGAAAGUGGGACGACCCUCAAAUCCAGAGCGCUAUCGCGGAUGGGACGUUGCAGUGUUCUUACCACAGGCUUUGUUACAUGGGUAUCAAGGUCGAUCCUGGUGAGUUUUUCGACGUGCUGACGGGGGUGGAGCUGGAUUGCGCCAAGGACCAGCACGACACGCCCACAGGAGAAUUCAACGCGGAGGGGCCAGAGCUGCACCCGCACAAACGGAACCAACACCACACGGACGAGCCAGAGCUGCACCCGCACAAGCGUCCAGUUGCCGACGCUCAGCCGCAGCUGGCCGACGGCACCGACCUCGCAGCAGACGACGAACAACAAGCUCGCAACACAGAGGCCAUGAGCAGGGAGCCGCACCAGAAUCUGGACUGGCCCGAGCGGGAUCGGAACCCGCUGACGUCAGACGAGCACGAGACGUCCCUCGACCACCACAGCACCAAAGAGCACGGUACCCAGAGCAAGCCGACGGCCCAGAGAGGUGAGGUUGUGGACGACAAGACUGAAGCCACCUUGCUAUCAGCACUUUGGACAGCAUGGAUUGGCAUCCACGGCCCCAUGGAGCAACUUGUUAUUGACGGGGAGGGUGGUCUCAACAGCGACCGGGCCAAGGCCACACUCAAGGCUGAGGGCAUUGAGUUAAUCACCGGAGCUCCUGGGCAGCAUGCCCACACAGCAGAACGAUCUGGCCAGAUGCUCCGGCUCGUGAUCCAUAUGAUUGUGGAGCAGAUGGUCAAGGAGGGCAUCACCUUACCCAUUAAGAUCGUUGUGAGCCAGGCGUUUUUCGUCAUGAACGCCAUUUACGGCAAGAACGGCUGCACCUCUUACCAGUGCGUUUACGGCCGGCAGCCUCCUAUGCUACCUCCGAUCCCUGGCACGGGAUCCACCGACAGCGCCGACGGACGCCAGGAACAGCGAGUCCGACAGAUCGCGAUCAACUCGUUCGUGCAGGCUUCCGCCUUGUCUCAGACGAGACGGGAUCUGUCUGGCAAGUCAAGCAGCAGUGGGCAGGGCAUGUACCAGCCAGGUGAUUAUGUAGACUAUUACCGGCGGAGUGCCGACAAGGAUACGUCUGGCUGGUAUCAGGACGUGCGCCACACUCUACACCUUAUCUUCCUCACGCAGCAGGUGCACUUCAGCGACAAGGAAGACCACGUGCGAUCGAAGAUGCUUGCCAUCGUGCUCACCCACGCCGAGGAAGCGGGAUCGGCGCCCGCACGGCGGAUCGGCACCGCCACGGCCGGGUGGGCGCCGGCGCGUCGCACGACAGCGCUCGAGGUGAUCCCCGAGGGCGACAGCGAGUCCGACACCACCACAGAGACUGAAGCACUUGCGGUACUCCACGCUCAUUUCGAGACCAACUCAGAUGGAAAGUACGAUGAUUCGUUACGUGAGGAGUUGUCCAAGCUUUCCGUAGACCACCCGUUCCGAGAUGAUGAGUUCGUUUCGAUUCUGAUCUACGUCGCCGGCCCAUCGCGGAAGGCAGUGGUUACCGAUCAGGACGUCUUGACGAAGGACGAGCUCAAGAAGUGCCACAAGGAGGUGGGGCACAAUUCUGACGGUGAGCUCCACAUCAUGUGCGGCAAGCACGUGGACGACCUCAAGGUCGGAGGUGAGAGCCAUAUGGUGCAGAAGUUGCGUUCUUCCCUGGAGGCAGUGUUCGGCAAGCUCAAGUUUAGCCUCAAGACGUUUACCAACGUCGGUAUCCGACACGUGCAACGCGACGACGGCACCGUCGAGACCGACCAGACCGAGCACGUGAACGCCAUCCAGACCAUCCCGCCUGAAGUUUACAGCGGGAAGCGUGGCGACGAGAAGUGCACUGAGCAGCAGAUGUCUAUGCUGUGCCGACAGCUGCAGGCAUUCUCAGAUAGUGUUUUCCGCAAGGAGGAGGACAAGGGUUACGGCAUGAGGGGCGCGAAUUUCCUCCGCGUUGGUGUUGACCCUUCUGGUGCACAAGUGUGUCAUUUGAUCGACGCCCAGUGCCGUAGCCAUCGGCGCGUCACGCGGAACACGUUCAGCAGCGAGCUGUUUGCUGGUUGCGACGCCGUCGACGAUCUCACGAGCCACGGCUUGCUGCCGCACCUGCAGUACCUGAGGGAGAUGUUGGACAUGAAGCAGCUGGGCGUGCUCCGGUGGGCAGACACCCGCGACAUGAACAGCGAUGGCCACACCAAAGGAUGCAUGCCCAGAGAUGCAAUUGUCUUGUCGAUGGAUGGUUACUUCAAGUACGACCACGAGUACAAGGACUUCGUCCCGAAGGUCCCGAACCAGCGGGACGCUCAGAGGCAGCAGCAGCAGCCGACGGCGAGCAGCGCCACGGAGCCGCAGCAUCUCUCGCGCCCCUCUCCGGCCUCUUUCGGCACGGACCGCGCCGGCACGGAGCCGCAGCAUUUCUCGGAGAGUGCAUCGUGCUCCUCUGCAGCCUCUUCUGGCACGGAUUGCGACGAGGAGCCGCAGUGUCAGGCGAGCACCGGCACGGAGUCGCAGUAUUCCUCGUGCUUCUCUCCGGCCUCCAGCGGCACGGACGUCGACGCGGAGCAGGAGCAUCCAGCGUCAAAUGCGAGCCGGACGCAACCUGGAGACACGGAGGCCUGGCGAGGUAUCUUCGAGGACACGUAUCGGAAGUAUUGCCCAGACAAGCUCAAGGACAUUGAGUUCUUGUUGCAGAAAUACCACGGUCACGAGAAGGAGUGCCACCAGUGUAUUCUCGUCAAGUACGCUGGGGAGACACGCGGCACCAAGCCGAACCACGAGUUGAAAGACAACCAGUGCAGGAUCUGUCAUGGGUACGGACACUGGGGACACGAGUGCCCAACUCGCAAGGCCAGUGUGGGCGCGACGGCAAAGGCCAGGGCCAGACCACCGUGGUAUCAGGGCAGAUGA